AUGGAAAUGAAGUUGGAGCGAAAGAAGUCAAUAUUGGUGUCGAGGAGAGGCCAUAACAUAGAAAAACACAGUUCCCUUUUUCAGGUUUUGAAUCUGCUUCAUCGUUCAAUGGUCUCCAAGACGCCCCUAACAGAUGUGUUGGUAAGCAAAAACAACAAUGCAUCGCCUGAUUCAUCGGGCAUGCCUUAUCAACAUCGAAAGGAUCAGAAUGGCUCCAGCACCAACUGGAUGGAGGUGAAACUAUGGUUCAGCAAGUCCACAAACAGAGUAUUAUGCAUUGAAGCAAAAGAAGGUUUUGUUAAUUUUUUGUUAACCUUUCUCACCCUUCCUUUAGGUGCUAUCAUAAAGGUGUUAAAAGGGCAAUCUUCCAUGGGAAGCAUAGAUAAGUUGUAUGAGAGUGCAGAGAAGUUAAGUGCGCUGCAAAUUAUCUCAGCAAAGUGCAAGGAAAUGCUGCUUAGUCCAAAACUAGAACGCAUGUUUGGUUGCUAUUACCAACUGCUCCAAAUCCAGGAAGAGACAAUGCCAUCAUCUUUGGCAUACAACAACUGUACUUGCUGGAUGUUCCGGAAUAUCAAAGCAUGUGAACAUUUCAACCAGACACUCCACAUAAUCAAUCCCAAAUGGCCUGGCAUUACACCAGGUGGUGCUUUUGUCAAAGGAUGUAAACUGUUGGUCACCGACAAUCUUGAGAUUAAACCUUUUUCGGCUGCCUCUGACAUUUCCAAGCUUGGCGAUAUUCCCUUCAGUGACAUGAAAUCCAUGCCUGUUAAAGUGGGAGAAGAGGAGGCCCUAGAGCUUCUUCGUGCUUCUCUCAUCUCCAAAAGUGUUCUGAACCAUGCUUUCGGCGCCAAGGUGAUCAACAGAGAGUGA